CGCGGCCCGGCCGAGGAGCAUCCGCCCGCGACGCCCCGCUCCCGGCCGGAGGCAGCACCACCGGGCUCCCGCCGCGGCCAUGGCCCCGCGCCCCUCUCCUGCUCCUGCUCCCGCUCCCGCCCUCGCGCUGCUGCUGCUGCUGGGUGCCGCGGCCAGGGCUCAGCCCCAGGGCCGGAUCCUGGGGGGCCACGUGGCCGAGCCCCACCUGCGCCCGCACAUGGCCUCGCUGCAGCUGGACGGGGAGCACGUCUGCGGCGGCUUCCUCAUCGCCGAGCAGUGGGUGCUGAGUGCCGCCCACUGCACCGAGGAGACGGACGGGAAGCUCUUCCAGGUGCUGCUGGGCGCCCACUCGCUCACGGAGCCGGAGCCCCACAAGCGCCUGUACCGGGUGCGCGCCCAGAUCCCCCACCCUGGCAGCAACAUCCACAACAACAAGGACGAUCUCCUGCUGCUCCAGCUGGAGGAGAAAGCGGAGCUGAACGAGCACGUGCAGGUGCUGCGGUUCCAGCGGGAGGACCGGGACGUGGCGGCCGACACGGUGUGCGAGGUGGCCGGCUGGGGCACCGUCAGCCACAGCGGGCGCCGGCCCGACAAGCUCUACCAGGUGGAGCGGCCGGUGCUGAGCCGCGACGACUGCAACCACCGCACGCGCCACGACCACACCAUCACCCGCAACAUGAUGUGCACCGACUCCCGCAAGAAGGACACCUGCAAGGGAGACUCCGGCGGCCCCCUGGUCUGCAACGGGGUGGCCGAGGCGGUGGUCACAGCCGGCUCCCGGGUCUGCGGCAACUACAAGAAACCCGGCAUCUACACCCGCAUCGCCCCGUACGCCGCCUGGAUCGACGGCGUCAUGGCCUCCGUGGCCGGGCAGGGAGACGCGCACUGAGCCGCCCGCGCCGCUCGCCCCCCGCAUCCCGCCGUCCCCAGCCCCCGCGCAGGGCUGGGCCCGGAGGGGGCGAGGGACGAGCCGGGGCGCGGGGAGCCUGGCCCCGGCCGCGAAGCACCGGGAUGGAGCGGGGCCGGGGCGGUGGGGAGCCGGCCCCCGCGCGGGCGCGAGCCGCAGGCUUUGCUGAAUGUGCACCUAACGCUGGCUGCGCCUCUGCAAUAAAGCGACGACGAUUCCUGCA